CCCCUCCCUUCCCAAACACGCGGUCCCCCUUCUCCCGCGCGGCUGCUGAGCCUGGGCUGGGCGCGGGGGAGGCGGGGGGCAUCGCGGAGGGGAUCCCGCCCCCUCCCCCGGCCGCCCGGCGCCCCCACACCCACGUAAGCGCAGGGUUGGCCCGGAUCCCACCGGCAGCACAGCGCGUCCCGGCUCCGCGCCGGUGCCUCCACCGUCCAGUCCCCACGCCGGCGCUGCACCGUCCCUGGCGGGUCCCCGCGGCCCCGGCCGGGCGCUUCGCCGGGCUCCGGCUCCUGCAUCCGGGCGCAGCGCGCAGGCCGAGGCGCUGGCAGGCCGCCCCCGCCGCUCCGAACGCUGAUAGACCAUGAGCAGCCAUGGCAACAGCCUGUUCCUGCGGGAGAGCGGCCAGCGGCUGGGCCGGGUGGGCUGGCUGCAGCGGCUGCAGGAAAGCCUGCAGCAGCGAGCACUGCGCACCCGCCUGCGCCUGCAGACCAUGACUCGCGAACACGUGCUGCGCUUCCUGCGUCGAAACGCCUUCAUCCUGCUGACGGUCAGCGCCGUGGUCAUCGGGGUCAGCCUGGCCUUUGCCCUGCGCCCAUAUCAGCUCACCUACCGCCAGAUCAAGUACUUCUCUUUUCCUGGAGAGCUUCUCAUGAGGAUGCUGCAGAUGCUGGUGUUACCUCUCAUUGUCUCCAGCCUGGUCACAGGUAUGGCAUCCCUGGACAACAAGGCCACGGGGCGGAUGGGGAUGCGGGCAGCUGUGUACUACAUGGUGACCACCAUCAUCGCAGUCUUCAUCGGCAUCCUCAUGGUCACCAUCAUCCAUCCCGGGAAGGGCUCCAAGGAGGGGCUGCACCGGGAGGGCCGGAUCGAGACCAUCCCCACAGCUGAUGCCUUCAUGGAUCUGAUCAGAAAUAUGUUUCCACCAAACCUUGUGGAGGCCUGCUUCAAACAGUUCAAGACGCAGUACAGCACGAGGGUGGUAACCAGGACCAUCGUGAGGACAGAGAACGGGUCUGAGCUGGGUGCCUCCAUGCCUCCUCCAUUCUCAGUGGAUAACGGAACCAGCCUCCUGGAAAAUGUCACUCGGGCCUUGGGCACCCUGCAGGAGGUGCUGAGCUUUGAGGAGACUGUACCCGUGCCUGGUUCCGCCAAUGGCAUCAACGCCCUGGGCCUCGUGGUCUUCUCUGUGGCCUUUGGGCUGGUCAUUGGUGGCAUGAAACACAAGGGCCGAGUCCUCAGGGACUUCUUCGACAGCCUCAAUGAGGCUAUUAUGAGGCUGGUGGGCAUCAUUAUCUGGUAUGCACCUGUGGGCAUCCUGUUCCUGAUUGCUGGGAAGAUUCUGGAGAUGGAAGACAUGGCCGUCCUGGGGGGUCAGCUGGGCAUGUACACCCUGACCGUCAUCGUGGGCCUGCUUCUCCAUGCCGGUGGCGUCCUUCCCCUCAUCUACUUCCUCAUCACUCAUCGGAACCCCUUCCCCUUCAUUGGGGGCAUGCUACAAGCCCUCAUCACUGCCAUGGGCACGUCUUCCAGCUCAGCAACGCUGCCCAUCACCUUCCGCUGCCUGGAGGAGGGCCUGGGUGUGGACCGCCGCAUCACCAGGUUCGUCCUGCCCGUGGGCGCCACGGUCAACAUGGACGGCACUGCCCUCUAUGAGGCCCUGGCUGCCAUCUUCAUUGCUCAAGUUAACAACUACGAGCUCAACCUGGGUCAGAUCACAACCAUCAGCAUCACAGCCACAGCGGCCAGUGUUGGGGCUGCUGGCAUCUCAGGUGGUCUGGUCACCAUGGUCAUUGUGCUCACGCCGGUCGGCUGCCCAUCGGAGGACAUCACGCCAUCAUCGCCGGUGGACUGGUUCCUUGACCGGCUUCGCACAAUGACCAACGUUCUGGGAGACUCAAUUGGAGCAGCCGUCAUCGAGCACUUGUCUCAGCGGGAGCUGGAGCUUCAGGAAGCUGAGCUCACCCUCCCCAGCCUGGGGAAACCCUACAAGUCCCUCAUGGCACAGGAGAAGGGGGCAUCCCGGGGACGGGGAGGCAAUGAGAGUGCUAUGUGAGGGACCUCCAGCUCUACCCCCCAAGAGAGGAGGGAAGGGGCCUGGGGAAGGGAGUCCUGGGAACACAUGUGCCACCCAACUGACCGUGGGCUGAACACACAUGUUCUGCUUGACUCGUUUAAGGGGGAGGGAAAAGUGUAAUAAAGGAGCAGGAAUGAAAGGUAUACAAGGUCUCUGUUUCUCUCUGAGCACAUGCUGAGGGCUUGAAGGACAGCGUGAGCAAGGGAGGGAAAUAAAUGUUUCUCCUAGGUUUGGGGAGAAGGGAAGCUUCAGCUUCAACAAGAAGAGGGGUCAACUCAUGUUUCUUAUAUUCUCAAAGAGUGGCGGAACUGAAGAGGGUAAAGAAAAACCAUUAUUUCUCCUAAUAAAACAAUAGCCAUGGUCUCUGUGUCAGGGGUCCCCCAAGACCACCUUUAGGUUCAGCAAUUCACUAGAAAGGCUCAUAGAAUUCAGGGCCGGACACGGUGGCUUAUGCCUGUAAUCCCAGCACUUUGGGAGGCUGAGGCGGGCAG